AUCCGGCAUUCCAACUAAAAGGUUGUGGCUCAUAAUUGAAGAUAAGUGAACAAACAACCAGUGCAAUUGAUUCUGGUAAUCAGUUACUCUUACUCCCUGCCGCUGGUCCAGAGGUCACUGCAGAGAUAUAUUUGUUGUCUUGCCUCCUCUUUCUUUCUGUCUGUUAUGUGUCUCUCUGCUUUGAAUUGUGUGAGUGUAAAACUAGAAAAUCCAUUAUAGCCAUGGACUGGGUAUCCUGGUUACAGAAAAACAAAAAGAAGAUCAUAAUUGGGGUCUUGGCGGCAGCAAUCGUGAUUUUAAUCCUUGGUCUUGGAUUGGGUCUUGGACUGGGUUUGCACAAAGAUAAAGAAGAAGCCCAACACUGGGAAUGUUCAAGAAAACGUUGUGGUGAAAAGAGGCUGGCAGAGAGCAAAUGUCACUGCGACAAUGAUUGUCUGUCUGCAGGAGAUUGCUGCUCCAACUACAAACAUGUUUGUCACGGAGAAACAGAGUGGGUAGAGGACCAAUGUGAUGACUUGUCAGCUCCCAAAUGUCCUGAAGGCUUUAAGCGACAGCCGCUGCUGCUGGUGUCUCUGGAUGGACUAAGAGCUGAAUACUUGCAGAGAUGGAGUCAUCUCAUGCCUGUCUUGGACAAACUCAGAAGCUGUGGAACAUCGACUCCCUACAUGCAGGCAGCAUUUCCAAGCAAGACUUUUCCUAAUCACUACACAAUUGUCACGGGUCUGUAUCCAGAGUCCAAUGGUCUGAUUGACAACAAUAUGUAUGAUCCAGUGUUUAAUGCUUCAUUCAGCCUGGGCAAUGAUGAGAAAAACAACCCAGCCUGGUAUCUUGGACAACCUAUUUGGAACACAGCAAAACAUCAUGGUCUGAAAUCUGGGACCUUUUUCUGGCCAGGAUCAGAUGUCAAAAUUAACGGAAGUUUCCCUGACAUCUACAGGCCUUAUGAUGGAGAUGUGCCGUUUGAAGAAAGAGUAUUUACAAUUCUGAAGUGGCUGCAGCUGCCAGAUAAUGAAAGGCCUGAUUUCUACACACUCUAUCUGGAGGAACCUGAUAAAGCCGGGCAUAACUUUGGUCCCGUCAGUGCAGGGACAAGCACAGCAAUCCAGAAAGUGGAUAAAAUUAUGGGUCAGCUCAUGAAUGGCCUCAAGCAAAUUGACCUGCAUCGCUGUCUCAACAUCAUUGUUGUUGCUGAUCAUGGUAUGGAGGAAAUCAGCUGUGACAGAAAGGAGGUGAUGAGUGAGCUGGUGGGAGACAUCAGUAAUUAUUUUGUGAACGAGGGGCCAUUUGGACGCAUCAGAGCCAGGAAUGAAGACUAUGUUAUGGACUCUGCUGGACUUGUUGCUAAUAUGAGUUGCAAGAAGCCGGACCAGAAGAUCACACCAUACUUGAAGUCCAACCUACCAAAGCGGCUCCACUAUGCUAACAGUCGACGUAUUGAAGAUGUCACUGUCCUAGUGGAGCCAAAAUGGCAGUUUGAGAGAUAUUCAGGAUCACUUACAUUCUGCUCAGGUGGGAAUCACGGCUACGACAACAAUGUUGAGAGCAUGCAUGCAAUGUUUCUCAGCUAUGGACCAAAGUUUAAACAAAACACCACAAUUGAACCCUUUGCUAACAUUGAGCUAUACAACUUAAUGUGUGACGUGCUAGAGAUCUCUCCUUAUGACAACAACGGAACCCGUGGCAGCAUGAAUCAUGUUCUCAGCAAGACAUUUUACAACCCAACUCACCCUGUGGAGCAAAGUGAGCCGACUCAGUGCCCGUUCAUCAGUCUAACUCCUGAAGACCAACUGGGAUGCAAAUGCCCAGACCUAAAUGAACAAGAACUUAACAGCCGUUUGAACUUGACGUUAGAGGAAAAAUCUGCUUCAGAAAAGAAGCACAUGCUUUUUGGUCGUCCCCAAAUGCUGCAGCCUGACAGAAGUUAUUGCAUCCUCCACCAAGAAGGAUUCAUCAGCGGCUACAGCCAUGAAGUCCUCAUGCCUCUCUGGAGCUCAUUCACCAUAGACAAACCUGUGAGUGUUUCGACCAACUUGGACCCAUUACCACCAGUAAUAUCCAACUGUUUGAGGGCUGAUGUAAGAUUGCCAGAACACCAGAGCCCCAGAUGUGAUCAGUUUGAAGCUGCUGUACAUUUGACUCAUGCCUUCCUAUACCCACCAAAUCUGAAUAUAACAGUGGAACAGCAGUACGAUGCCUUAAUAAUGAGCAAUGUUGCCCCGAUGUACCCUGCAUUUAAGAGGAUUUGGGAUUACCUCCAUAACACUUUGCUAAAGAAAUAUGCUUCCAUAUACAAUGGCAUUAAUGUGGUGACUGGACCAGUCUUUGAUUACAAUUAUGAUGGCCGAUAUGACACUACAGAGCAGCUACAGCAGUUUGUACCUGGCACCAACAUAACUAUCCCCACACAUUACUUUGUGGUGUUAACAAGCUGCAAGAAUGCAGGACAGCCAGUGAGCGCUUGUGGUGGUGAACUGCAGACUGUGUCUUUCCUCCUUCCCCACAAAGCUGACAACACAGAAAGAUGCAAAAAUUAUUUCACCCUCUCAACGCAGCUGCUCGUCUUCCUCUCCUGGCUGGUGAACGGCGUCACCUCCCAGCUGACGUAUGAAGUGACCGACCCGAUCACCGGCACCUCUCUGCAGUGUGACAGCUGCCAGCCGGGAUCCUUCCUGCGCGCCAGAUGCUCCUCCAUCAAAAAGAGCGAUUGCGCUCCGUGUCCAGAAGGCUCCUUCACGGAGCUCUGGAACUACAUCGGAAGAUGUUUACGCUGCGGAGUCUGCGGGCGGAACCAGGUGGUGAAGAAGGAAUGCACCGCAAAACACGACUGUCAGUGCGAGUGUAAACAGGGUUACUUCUACCGUCAGGACUACGACAUGUGCUUCAGACACAGCGAGUGUCCCUCUGGACAGGGAGUUCUCACCAAAGGUACAGCCGAGAACGACACAGUGUGCAGCAUCUGCUCUGAAGGCAGCUUCUCUGAUAUUUCCUCCACCCAGCAAAACUGCACUCAGCACAAGAGCUGCAGCGAUGCAGGCCUGCAGUUAGUGCUGAGAGGAUCCACGUGGCAUGACAGUGUGUGUGCAAACUGUCAACAGCUCAAAGAUGGAGCUGAAUACCUGAAAGAAAUAAUCCCGUCUUUUUUCAUUCACCACAAAAUGAACAUCAAACGGUUGCGACGAAUUGUACUCAGGCUCCCAUCUGAAGAAGGCAAAAAACCAAGAGAGUCUCUGGAGCUCAACAUCUCAGAACUCCAUUCACACAUUCGCAGUUGGGUAUCAUCCGCCACAGCGGCACAAAUUCAGCAGCUUCCAGACAUAUUGACUAAAACAGGAGCAACUACUGCUAGUGAGAAACUACAGAGCAAGCUCAACAGCAUUGAAAGACAUCUGACAGAGCACUGUCAUUCCGAGAUCUUUGAUAAUGUUAUCGUGAGUUAAUCCACAGCAAUUUGACCCAGAAAUAUGUACUGUACCACUUACAGAACGUAAAGAUGCAAGGCGGCAUGAAAUCCUCUGUUUAAAACAACAUCUAUCUCAACAGUUUCUGUUUAAAAUUAUUGGAAAAAAGCCAAGAAAAUACAUAAAAGUAGAAAACUGAUGAGUUUAAAUAUUUUAAAACAAACUGACCCCUAUUAACACUUCUCUACCUUAUAUGGAGGUUUAAAUUUAUAAAAAAAGCAUUUAAGUAAAUUAAGUACUUAUAAUUUCAUUCUUCAUUUUGCUAAUUUUGCUUUAUUAGUUUUGGAUAAUUGGUCAAAUUGCAUCCGAUGCAUCUGUUUUAGUCAUGUUAUAUAUCCAUGGAAUUAACUGGAAGCAAAUAACAGAGAAAUAAACAUUAUAGAAUGAAGCGUUAAGUAAAGAUUAGAAGAAUGAUAAAAUUACUAAGACAAAGCUGUCGGAAUCAGAGUACCAAGUAAUCUACAUAAAGAGAUCGUUUAAGCUCUAAUGCAAAACCUGACAGCCCACAAACAUAACCAUCGAGAUGAAACUGUUCUUCUGAAGUGUGACAUAACAGCAUCUCUAAUGUCUUAGUCUAUAGAGGAAGUAGCAGCCUAAAUAAGAUGGAAAUUUAAAAAAUACUUAGUCUAAUGACAAUACUGUCAGUUCCUUCAUGCCAUUCCUGCCAUUGAGGAUUUGAAAAUUAAAAAAGAAAAAAACUGUGGCACUUACAAACGUUUAUUAACCGAGAUAAAAUGAAAAAUUGUUUACAAAUUGCUGCACAGGACACAAGUCUUUCUUAGUUAACUUGAUGCUUCACAUCUGUGGAUGAUGGUACCAAAUGGCUUUAGAAGAUGUUUCCUUCUAAUCAAUGGACAGUUAGAUUUUUAUUUCAUUUUGCAGCUUGGCCACCUCUGUCAGGGUAGUAGCACUGACAACAGAAAGUUUUAGAUUAACAGAUUGCUGUUCCUAUUUAUUUUAUUCCCUUUUUUUCUCUUAACCAAUCAGACAUUUCUUACCUCUACUUCCCUUACUGGGAAGAUUUGCUUUUAUGGUGGUAGUACACACCUGAAACUGUAUCAGUAAAAGUGGGUAGGUAUGUAUAGAAAUGCUUGUGUAGUGUAUGUUCUUCCACCUGCUUUGUUUCUCAUUUUGACUAUGCCAAAGCGGAGGGAUCUGACCAAGAGUCAAGUUUUGUUUUGUUUUUUUGUCAUUUUUUUACUGAGAUACUUGUAAGCCAGAGGGGGCAUAUGUUUUACAGUUGAUAUUUGUGUAUUUCCAACAUUUCUGCUUUUUGGGUGCAUUGCCUGAGCUUGAGAUUUUGUGAGGUUAACGUGGGAUAGUUAAGUCAUGGAAAUACAUGUCUUACGUUGCUCUCCAUUUCACUGUUCCUUUAGAACAUUGGUCAUUAAUGCUUUUUAAAUAAUAAAACAUAAGGAAAAGA